AUGGCAGACGACAUUUCUUGUAUCGUCAUUGUAAAAUUGUGCGCAGUAAGAGAGAGGACACGUGGGAUACUGUUCUUGACAGUUACGGGCGUUUCUCAGUUAUUUUAAAUUUCAGUAGAAAGAUCUCGAUCAGACAAUUCGAAAAUGAGUGACCCUAUUAACGAAGAAGAAGUAAUUCCCGAGGGGGGAAUAGUUAACGCAUGGAAAAUGAAGCUACCUGAGUUCAAACAAGAGCACAAUCCUCAUGGCCUUUUAGAAGAAAGUUCAUUUGCAACACUAUUUCCAAAAUACAGAGAAGUCUAUCUCAGAGAAUGUUGGCCUCUUGUUAAGAAAGCCCUUGGCGAAUACAAUAUAAAAGCUGAACUCGAUGUAAUUGAAGGUAGUAUGACUGUGAAGACCAGCAGAAAAACAUGGGAUCCCUACAUCAUUUUGAAGGCUCGUGAUAUGGUAAAGUUACUUGCAAGAAGUGUUCCAUAUGAACAAGCAGUCAAAAUCCUGAAUGAUGAUGUUGCUUGUGAUAUUAUCAAAAUCGGAACCCAGACCCAGAAUAAAGACCGUUUUGUUAAAAGAAGACAAAGAUUGAUUGGACCAAAUGGAUCUACUCUUAAAGCUUUGGAAUUACUGACAAAUUGCUAUAUCCUUGUUCAGGGAAAUACAGUCUCAGCUGUUGGACCAUAUCGGGGAUUGCAGCAAGUUCGAAGAGUGGUGGAAGACACAAUGGAAAACGUUCAUCCUAUUUAUCACAUCAAGGCCCUUAUGAUAAAAAGGGAACUUGCAAGAGAUGAAAAGUUAAAGAAUGAAUCAUGGGAGCGCUUCCUACCUACAAUUCCACACAAGAACACGAGCAAGAGAAAGCAACCUGCCAAGAAGCGUGCUAAGAAGGAAUAUACCCCUUUCCCUCCUGCACCACCAGAAAGCAAGGUGGACAAAUUGUUGGCUACUGGCGAGUACUUCUUAAAAGAGGAUCAGCGUAAACAACGCAAGAAGAACGAAAAUCAAGAAAAGCAAGAGCAAGCUGAAGUACGAAGAAAGGAACGUCGAGAAAGUGCGUUUAUUCCCCCUCAAGAACCAAGCACAUCGUCUGGAGCUAAGGAUUCGACCUCUGACAUUAACGUGGAAGAGUUGAAAAACAAAAUCCGCAAAGGCCAAGCAAAACGUAAACAUGUGUAAAAUCCAAACGAAAUUCCCAACUGACUGAAAUAAAGACGGUAAAUAAUG